CGUUUAACGUUUAACCCUUGUAUGCCUGGCACGAUUUCCUCGCUCUAUCGUUCUUACUUACGCCUCGUCAAAAAUCUUCCCCAUGAACACCUACGAAUUUUCUUCCGUAUCAAAGCUGGGGACGACUUUCGGGCUGUCAUCAACACCAAGAAGUCUCCUCUUCAACAGCGCAAACUAAAGCGUGUAUCCAAAGUGAAAGACAUGUUCUUGUUACUCAUGUUGCAUGAUAACUGGCUCUAGGAUUUGAACAGAAUAAAGAAAGCAUGUGAAGGAUGCACCGACGCGUUUGACUAUGUCCUCGACCUUGCAUAUGGGCGAAAGGGCAAGAUGAAAUGGGAGCUUAUGAAACCCAUAUUAACCGAUCCCAAUGCGAACCCACCUCCAAUAAUCCCCUCUGUUUCGAAAUCGCGCCCACCUGUAUUUUCAAAAGAACUUACAGCUCUGGUGACAUCGGAGUACUCACGCGUGCGGUCGGCGGCACCGUUAAGGCAGAGAUAUCUCACUUUUCCUCCAAACUUGUCUUUACGAGCCGACCCUUCUUCUUCUGAAGCUCAUACCCUCGGCCCUCUCAGUAAACGGCUGGAGGUCAAUUUCAGAUGGCGAUACUUCACCCGUGUAUGGAAGAAAGUGUAUCCUCCCUUGAAUGUCUUCAUCAGGGAUCCUUCAACUGCAACCGAAUCCUCGAGUCAAGAGGCGGCCUCCUCGGCGAAUAUUCGAGGGGUAUGCUUGCAGGGCUCCAACAUCUUCGAGGCGAUUGAGAAUGUCGUUGGGAAACCAUAUCCCAAAAGACAGACCACGUGUAGAGAGAGAAAAAGCACUCGUCGCGAUAAAGUAUAUAGUAUGGAACCAGUGCGACAUCCGUCCCGCUGGGUUCGUCGGAGAUAUCAAAGGCUUUUAGGAAGGCUUCCUGCGUUGAUUUAUCGACAAGACGCAAAUGCUGCCACUGGUAGUUAUAGGGUGGAACUGUCCGCGAUGUCUCUUCUCAAUGCGCUUCCGCGACCGUUGCGCCAGCCUGAAGUGGAUCCAGAUACCCUAGCCUGGUAUGAGCUAUCUAAAUCGGAACCAUCAUCUAAAUUAGGGGUGCGGAAUACUUGUACGACACCGUCGCAUAAUCGUGGCACGGCUUGA